UUCGAACUAAUAAAGCAACUCAAAAAGUUGCAUUACAAAAACAUAUCACUUAUAAUAUUUCCGAAACCUUACAAAGAAGAGAAUGUUUGCAAAAUACUGUUAGCCAAGCUUCACAAGUUUCAAUAAACAGAGACGAUAGUGGUGAAAGUUUAAAAGAAAAUUUUUCUGAUAGCAAAAGUUUGCUCUCUGAUAAAAGUCAAUAUACCAAUGAUCUUGAAUACAAUUUUUUUAUAACUUCAGAUAUGUCUAGUAGCAGUGAUCAGUUGUCAGUUACAGAAGAAAUUGAAUUACAAAUAGAAGAAGAAAAAAACUUCAACCAAAUUAUAGUAGAUAGUGGAAUCAAUUUUCAGCCACUAUCUGGAGA